AAGAAAGUGUUUGAGGGUCUGCCAAAAUAAAUAAAUAUACAACUUCACCGGCAGCACAUGCAUAUUCAUCUGAGCAGUGACAUUGAGUUGUCGAUUGGUUUGGUUUUUGCCCUAGUCGGUACUUCGACCCCGUGCUGGGUUAAUUUAAUUAACGUGCAAGGCAAAGAAAUUACUUUCUGCUCCUCGAGCUCGCGGCGCGUUGAAAAGUUUUACAGCUGCGGAUGGCGGAGACCUUCGCGGAAAAGCUGAGUUCACAGGGAAACGCCUGGCAGUCAGGCCAUAGAUCAAAGUACGCCUGCUGAGCACGGCUUUUCCGCUCUUUCCUUUUUGUAUUCGUAUUUGUGUUUCCUAUGCGUGUGGCCUGUCAGCAGGUGUGUGUGUGAGUGUGUGUGUGUGCUGAGCCUUCUCGGUUUUAUAUAAAGUAGGUCAGUAGUAGUGCCGUGCCAAUAAAAGUUAAUGCUUCCAGGUGAGAGCCUGUGUGUGUGGGAUGUGUGUGUCCUGGCCUGUUGAUAUUUUUUAAUAUUUAUAGAAUUUUAAAAUGCCCGUUAAGUGUAGAUAUUAAACAUUUAAAUUCGAAAGCCAGUCGAAACUGUUUUUCAGCACGCUUUAAGGCACUUUAUCGCAGAAAAAUUAAAAAAAAUGUACACUGAAUUUAUUCUUGUGCAGUUUACAAACAAUGAUGAAAUCAGAACCAGCUAAGUAAUGAUUUCGUUACUUUAAAAAAUCUAGCUUUUUCUCCGCAUUGUAACCACACUGUACAUUAUCAUUUUUUUUAUAGAGUAUGUACUCAUUACAUUUUUUAUCUUAUCUGCCAUUAGAUAGAAAAUAUUUGCUUGAAAAACUGUUUUUUUCUAUGAAAUACUUAUACCCAGUACUUAGUCAUUUGUUGAAUUGCAACCGGAAUGGAUAGAAUUGGAAUAUUGCAACUGAACGAUUAUUGCCUAGAUAAUAUAUUGCAAUUCCUAGACAUAAAAGAACAAAUAUGUUUCGCCCAAACCUGUUCCAGAUUUCGAGAUAUUUUUUUUGACUGGUCGCGACGUGAAAAUACAAAAGUUUCUAUUUUGGGUGAUGUUGAGCCCUGGGAGUUGACGUUCCUCAGUCUUAAUACUAAAAGUGUAAAGGAGCUGAAACUCUUUGUUGAUGAUCUGGUUGAUUCAAUAAUAAUUUAUGACAGUUACACUAAAAACAAUCAAGUUGUUGUAAAAUUCUGCAACCUGGUCCGAAGUAUGAAUAGCCUAGAGUGCAUCAAGAUAUGGCAGGUAACACCACACCCGAUCACUAAGCUUUUACUAAGGGCACUGCGGGACUUACCCAACUUAAAGCAACUGUAUGUUGGCAUUCCAAAACGAGUGAACUUUGGAAAAUUCCACAGACUAGAGCUCAUCUCAAUAGAUGUGAAAAUGCCUCCGAGGGUUCUUCUGCGAUACUGCCGAUCUCUGACAAAGCUGAGAACCCUUCAUCUCUCCGACCAAGUGAGCAGCUCUAACCUAAGAGAUAUAGUAGAGCAUUUGCCCGCUCUACAGGAACUGAGCUUCUAUAUAGAUCGCUCUACUAGAUCGAGAAUUACCGCCUGCCAUAAAAAGCAAAUUAACUCCCUAAUAAUGGUAUUAGAUUUUCUGGCUAGCAAAAGGACUUUAAAAGUCCUUAGAAUCAAGGGACAUAUUAUUGCUCAAGAUGAGGCCGAAUCUCUGACAAAAAUACAAUCACUACAGUCUCUGGAUUGCAGUUUCGCCUACCCCGAGUUGGUGAAAUAUCUUUCGCUGCUCACGUCCUUGCAGAUCUUGCGCAUAACGUACCUCCAUCCAAUAGAUAUAUCUUCGAUAUACCUGGAUGUGAUUCGACAGUGCAAGGAUCUGCUGUUUCUUCGCCUCUACGACUUCAACAUCAAUCCGGACUUCCUUGGGAGAGCCUCCAAAGUAUUGAAAGAUAUAGAAUCAAAAAAUAAGUUACAACUAUUAAUCUACGGCCGCCACAACUCACUAACUUUAAGGGAGUUCCGAUCGAAGGCAUUAGAUACAAAUAAUCUGUUAUUCCGUUCGAUAUCAGCCACUGAAUUAUUAAAAAUUUUAUGAAAAAGAAAAUUA